AUGGCAACUUUUGCCAAAGCCUCCUUUAAUGCCGCCUCUUAUGCUACCUUCCGCCCUACCUACCCCCCUCAGCUAUACAAGAAAGUACUCUCCUACCACCGCGGGCCCUCGUCUCUACUCCUCGACCUAGGCUGUGGCCAUGGCCUCAUCUCCCGUGAAUUCGCCCCAUUCUUCACCCGCGUCCUGGGCACCGAUCCAUCCCCCUCAAUGGUCGAGCAAGCCAAGUCAUCUACUCCCUCCUCCCUCUUAAACAUCUCCUUCCGCCAAGCAUCCGCAGAGGACCUGUCAUUCGUCGAAGACGGCACCUUAGAUAUGGUAGUUGCGGGACAGGCGGCGCAUUGGUUUGACUACAAGAAAGUAUGGCCAGAAUUAGCUCGGAAGAUGCGCAAAGGCGCCACGCUGGCCUUCUGGGGCUACAAAGAUAAUUAUUUUGUGGAUUAUCCCAAGGCCACGAGCAUCAUGGAUGAGUAUUGCUAUGGCGAGAAAACCAUGGGCCCAUAUUGGGAACAACCUGGUAGACAAAUCUUGCGAGACUUGUAUAGGGACAUUGUGCCUCCCGAGGACCAAUGGGAGGACAUAACGAGGACUGAGUAUGAACCUAGGAUGAUGGGAAAAGGGAGUGGGAUUGGGGAGCUAUUGAUGUAUAGGAGGAUGAAAUUGGGGGAGAUAGAAGGAUAUACGAGGACUUUUAGUUCAUUUCACGCUUGGGCGGCUGCGCAUCCUGAGGAGAAGGCCCGGAAGGAUGGUGGAAAGGGCGAUAUUUUGGAUGAGAUGUUUGAUAAGAUGCUGGAGGCAGAGCCAGAGUGGAGGGAGAAAGGGGAUAACUGGCGAGACUUCGAGGUUGAAACCGAAUGGGGGAGUGUUAUUUUGAUGGCUAGAAAGAUAUGA